UGGCUUUUGCCUCAUGACUAUCCGACACACGCUCUGGAUGGGCACGGACUGCACAAAGGGUCGCAGUGUAGUUUCCGCAUUUCGGUGCUCCAUUGUCGACAGUCGGGUUUAAACGUCGCAGAAAUUGGAAGGUGAACCAUAGUAUCGUUGAUAUAUAUCAAGAUAUAUUUUAAAUCCUGCGGCGAACGAUGCCCGGUAAAGGAGCGGUGGCUGUCGCGCUUCAGCCCGAUACAACCGUCGACGCAGCGGCUAAGCAGAAGUCUUUCCCGUUUGUUAUAAAGAAGAUUAUGGACAUCCCACCUCCCAACAUUUUGGAGGAAGGUGACGACGAGCUCGAGAAGGAGAAGCUGGGCUCAGCUGAUGAUGUGGUGGGGGGCGGGGUUGCUGCAGCCAGCGCUGGUGCGGCUUCUCGAGGAGGCAGUGGGGGCAGCGCCGGAGGGGUGUCAGCCUCCUUGACCCCAGCCAUUUGGGAGAAGACCAUUCCCUAUGAUGGGGAGACCUUCCAUCUGGAGUACAUGGACCUGGAUGAGUUCCUGUUGGAGAACGGGAUCCCGGGGAGCCUGGAGGAUGAGGAGCUGCAGAAGACGCCGACUCCGGCUGGAGGGAAAGGCAAGAGCACCCUGAAGGUUACGGCCGCAGCCAGCGCGACGACAAUCUCGGCGCCCAUGUCUCCCCCACCUGCUCCCGACACUUCUACGGUCACCACAGAGCCAGAGGAAGCGGUGAUUGUCACCACGCUGCUGCCCGCCAAAUUGGAAGAUGAAGACGAAGAAGAUGAGGAUCAAGAAGAUGAAGAAGAGGAAUCUUUGCCCCAUGAGACAAAAGCAGCGGAAGCCGUGGAAGUCGACAAGCAGAAUCCUGGAACUGGAGAGCGUAACACGCCAUCUCCCAUCAACCCGGAUGAGAUUGAGGUGGACAUUAACUUUCAGCCAGAUCCCACCGACCUGGUCCUGUCCAGCGUGCCGGGCGGAGAGCUGUUCAACCCGCGCAAACACAAGUUCUCUGAAGAGGAGCUCAAGCCGCAGCCCAUGAUCAAGAAAGCCAAGAAAGUGUUUGUUCCCAACGAACAGAAGGAUGACAAAUACUGGUCCAGGAGGAAGAAGAACAACCUGGCCGCCAAACGUUCCCGCGAUGCCCGGCGUCUCAAAGAGAAUCAGAUCACGGUGCGCGCCUCCUUCCUGGAGCGGGAGAACGCAGCCCUGCGACAGCAAGUGGCAGAGAUGCGGAAAGACUGCGGCCGCUGCAAGAACAUGGUGGCCCGCUAUGAGGCCAAGUACGGUCCGCUGUAAAGACCCCGGUAAAAAAAAAUUCGAAUGAUCAAUCCGACAAAAGCAGAACUUCCUUCCUCGCAGAAUUCAACACAGACACAAACACAUAAGGGAAAUCUAAAUUUGCACUCCUGCUGACCUCCGGUCACUGUGUCGAGCUCCGGUCGCGGGUCCCAAACCUGGAACUGGAGUGUCGGAUACACACUUUGGGGGGGGCGAGGCUGGGAGCGGUGGUAACGGGAAGGUCUGUGGAGAGCGCCUGGCUCCUUCAGUGAGAGGAAAGAGACGAGACUCCCACGGAGAGAGACGCAGGAAAAAAAUAUGGUUGCUCUCGAGAUACUUUCAAGGAAGUCGGGAACUAUGAAAACGACAGGCUGAUAACACAUAGUCACGCUUUUUUGUUGUUGUUUUUUUGUUGUUUUUUUAAAAUCACUGCAUAGCACUUCCUUUAGUGGACCAAAGCAUGAGCGCCAUCAGUUGUGAAUAGAAUUGUGUCGCGCUUACAUUUGUGUCUGAUUCCUUUCAAUUCUGAAGCGGGAUGUAGACAUUGAGGCAGAAGAAAUGUGGAGUUGAAAUCGGGUAGGGGGUGGGGCGGGGGGGGGCGAUAAACUCGGUUGGUGGAGGAAUGACCGCAGAGAAGCUGUUUAGUUCUUCUGUCAAGGAACACGCACCUACACACACGCACACACCACAUGUAUCGUCAUCUCCAGUGUGUGAUCCCUUGUUGCACUUUCUCUUGGAAGAUUCAUGGUUGAAGGUACCUUGUUGUCACUGUGGGGGGGGGGGGGGGGGAGCUUUAAUAGAAAACAUGCAUGAAGUCCUUGUACUAAUCUCAGAUCAGCUUCCCGAGCCUCAUCAAAGAGUUGAUUAGAAAUUUGAGUCGGUUUUGCAUAAAAACAGUGCUUUUUUUUGGGGAGGGGGGGGUAUUCGGGUGACUGUCAAAAGUAUCCGUUUGAAGGUAUCUUUGGCCCUCUCUUUUGUGGAGGGGUAUGUAGGACGUAAGGAUGUUUAUUUUACUACACUCUGCAAGUAGAAGGCGCUCGGAGCCCUCACCUGCCUUUCGGUAGUGUAGUGAUGACUGGAUUGUUCUAUUAAAAAAAAAAAAAAAAAAAUGGAGCCGUCCCUAAAGGCGACUGCUCUUAAACCCUGUAAAUAAA